AUGUUUGGUAAUUCCGGUGGUCCAUUGGUGAAUUUAUACGGUGAAGUUAUUGGGGUUAACGCUAUGGUGGCUGGUACAGGAGUGGGAUUUGCUAUACCCGUUGAUCAAGUUCAAAGGUUCAUAAAAUUAGCACUGGAAGCAUCUUCAAGUACUCGAAGCUCUUCCCCUAUAUCGUCAAGUUCACCUACUGAUCCAUAUAUUUUAACAGAUAAUUCAACUUGUCCCGAGAGCGAAACUCAUCGUCGAUACUUAGGUUUAGUUAUGCGAACACUUACUCCGGAGCUGGCUUUUGAAUUAUCAUUUCGUGGUGGACACCAUUUUAUGGAAUUAAAUGGUGUUUUGAUUCAAGCUGUUUUAAGAAACUCUCCUGCACAAAGAGCAGGAUUAAGAGCCGGAGAUGUGAUUGUUGCUAUUGACGGUCUACCUAUAACGAAUGCUCAACAAGUUUACACUGCUACUGAAAGCCGAGAACAAUUGACAAUCACUAUUGUAAGACAAGGAAAACGUAUAACUAUCGAUCAUAUUCAAACGGAAAAGAUUUAAAACACUAAACUUUAUCAUUGUGUUGAAUUGUUCUACACACAGUGUAUAAUUUUGUACUAUAUACCAGUAUAUAUGAUAAAACCAUAUGCAGUGCAAUUAUUUCUUCUUGCUGUUUUCGUAUUCCUUGACAAAAUAUAUACACUUGUUCCC